AUGUCCGAACGACAGUAUGGAAUCCCAAACGGCUUCUCUUCUGCUUCGGGAAGCGCAUCACCGCCGCAACCACCUCCGCAUGCCCCUCGAAUAGCAUAUCCACAGGCCCCAGGGAGACAAAUAGCACCAGACAGGAAUCCCAUGGCCGCUCUACCUCCGGACAACACUUUGCGGGAUAUCGACAACCUCUAUACCUCUCGCAACAUGCCCCCUCCGCCUAUCAAUGAGGGUCCAUAUGGAGCACCUGGAUCGGCUGCUGGAUUGAACAAUCCACGCCAGAACUUCAGCCAAGCAGAUUCGCAGAGCUCACUUGCACCCCUCACAAACGCAUAUCCAAUGGCAAACUCAACCCCUCCGCGCUCGCCCGAACGUACGGCACAGAGAGGCGUUGCUCCAGCGGCAGGCCUAGCAGCGGCAGACUUCGACGGUCACAUGCCACGAGCAUCGUAUUACCACGGUGAUGGUUACGAUAACUUUGACUUGGACAACAUCGCGGACGAUGGUGACGAUGGAUUUGAAGAGCAGCCGCGAUCACGGAGUGGUCAGCUGGCUCCUGCCGCGGGUGCGGCUGCCGGUGCUGGAGCAGGCGCUGGCAUGCUCUCAGCAUUGGGAUCUCGCGGACCUAGUGGAGGGAACUACGGGCCUGUGGGCGGGGAUCCAGAGAAGUCGGAAUGGUUGGCAAAGCAGAGCAGCGGGAACAAGAGGCUGAAAUGGAUCAUUGGGAUAACCGUCGUUCUGUUGAUCUUGGGAGGCAUCGCAGGCGGAGUUGCUGGCGGUCUGUUGGCAAAGAAGAAUUCAGGGGAUGGUGGCAGCUCCGGAGGAAGCUCGGGCAGCCACUCGGGGGGACUCUACGACCUGAACUCGAAGGAAGUAAAGGCUGUGAUGAACAACAAGAAACUGCACAAGGUGUUCCCAGCCAUGGACUACACGCCACACUACGCACAGUACCCCCAAUGUCUUUCGAAGGGGGGCGGGCCCAGCCAGAAUAAUGUCACAAUUGAUCUGGCCAUCAUGUCUCAGCUGACACCAGCCGUCAGACUGUAUGGCACUGACUGCAACCAAACCGAACUAGUGAUGGAAUCUCUCGAUCGCCUCGAAUUGAAUGACAUGAAGGUGUGGCUUGGGGUGUAUCUGAAUGGGAACCAGACAACAAACGACCGACAGAUCAAGCAGCUGUACGACAUCCUCGACAAGUACGAUCACAGUCGGUUCGUUGGCGUCAUCAUUGGCAACGAGGUCCUUUUCUCCAAGUACAUGACUGCUACCCAGCUGCAGUCUACCCUGACCGAUGUCCGAAACAACUUCACCCAGAAGAACAUUCAGCUGCCCGUUGCGACCGCCGACUUGGGAGACAACUGGACCGACCAGCUAGCCCAGGCUUCGGACAUCGUCAUGGCCAAUAUUCAUCCCUUCUUCGCUGGAACUGCUGUCAAGGAGGCCGCUGGCUGGGCAUACUCGUUCUGGCAGAACAAAAACAUCCCGCUGACGACCGCCAAGACUGGAACGGCGGGUUCUCUCACCUACCCCAAACAAGUCAUCUCCGAGAUUGGCUGGCCCAGUCAAGGAGGCAACGACUGCGGCGAUGCCACCAGCUCAACAUACGGAUGCACGGGCGACACGGACGGUGCCGUGGCGAGCACCGACAACGUCAAUACUUUCAUGGACACGUGGGUCUGCGGUGCUCUGAACAACGGUACAACAUUUUUCUGGUAAGUUUCUGCACCAUCGACUAACUUUCCCAUCAAGCGGCGAAGCUCAAAACUGACCUCACCUCCCUCUCUCUAGGUUCGAAGCUUUCGACGAAGAUUGGAAACACCAAUUCGACACGGCGCAUAACCAUUGGGAACCGUACUGGGGCCUCUUCGACGUGAACCGGAAUUUGAAAGACGGGCUGAACAUUCCUGAUUGUGGUGGGAAGACUGUGGAUAAGCCUUACUGA